UGUUAGAGCAUCACCAACAUUAAGCCCAACAGAUUUGAGGCGCGUCUCACCAUAAACAUGUGUGAAGGGUUCUAGAGGUUCGUCUGACUUUUCUGUGAUGAAAUAAAGUCAAGUGUUAAACAUUUGCGUCUAUUGCGAUUUAUCAGAGAAGACCUGAAGAACGCGAGGUAACGUUACACAGUCUCAGCGCAGCUCCUGAUUUCUGCAGCUGGCACCCCCUGCUAUGUGAAAGAUGAGCUUGUGUGGCAGAAAGGCACUGACACUCCUCAGCAGUGUGUUUGCUGUAUGUAGUCUGGGACUCCUGGGUAUUGCCGUCAGCACCGACCACUGGCUCUACCUAGAAGAGGGGGUCAUCCUACCCCUCAAUCAGAGCACUGAAAUUCGAAUGUCUCUCCAUUCAGGGCUCUGGAGGGUCUGUUUUCUAGCAGGAGAGGAGAAGGGUCGCUGCUUCACUAUUGAAUAUAUGAUGCCCAUGAAUGUUCAGAUGACAUCAGAGUCUACAGCCAGUGUCCUGAAAAUGAUCCGCUCUGCUACUCCUUUUCCACUGGUUAGUCUAUUCUUCAUGUUCAUUGGCUUUGUGCUGAGCAAUAUUGGACACAUCCGUCCUCAACGCACUAUUCUGGCCUUCAUCUCUGGAAUCUUAUUUAUCCUGUCAGGUCUGUCCCUGGUGGUUGGUCUGGUCUUGUAUAUAUCCAGCAUUAAUGAUGAGAUGAUGAACAGAACAAAAACAAAUGAAGCUUAUUUCAGUUAUAAAUAUGGCUGGUCGUUUGCUUUUGCUGCAGUCUCAUUCCUGCUUACUGAGACAGCUGGUGUGAUGUCUGUCUACCUGUUUAUGAAGCGGUACACUGCAGAGGAGAUGUACAGGCCACACCCAGGUUUCUACAGGCCACGCCUCAGCAACUGUUCUGACUAUUCUGGCCAGUUCCUGCAUCCAGAUGCCAGGGCUCGUGGACGCAGUCCCUCAGACAUCUCCAGUGAAGCAUCCGUCCAAAUGAAUUUAAACUACCCUGCCCUUCUCAAAUGUCCUGACUAUGAUCAGAUGUCCUCAUCGCCCUGUUGAAAUUACAAAUACACAUUAGUGAUAUCUGAGACGGAGAAAGUUCUAUAGCUAGUUACUGAGAAUGCUAUACUGGAGUGGCUUUGGCACUGGAGAUCCUGUGUGUUUGGAUGUUACUUACAUGUCUUUGAGAGCCUUCAGUACCAAUGCAGGUUUUCUGAGUUGAAUGCAUCAGUUGAUGGUAUCAUGUUAUUUGUAGUGACCUUCACUGAUGUGUAAAAAACAGUAUGCUAUCUCUGCCUUUUUCUUAAAGGUCUGGAUUUUUUUUUUUUUUUUUUUUUUUUUUUUUUUUGUCAUUCAAACAGUCAGUUGGUUCUUUGUCAAUUUUUAACCAAAAAUGCAGCUGUAAUUGAGAACGGAUCUAUGUUUAAAAAAAAAUGAAUAAAACAGUUAGUUUUUUAGUUGACUGUUUGUUAAAGCACAUUCUAGAAAAUAAGAUAAUGUGACUCACCAAUAAUCUGGACCUGCCCUUAAAAACCAUAACACAGAGCUUAAAUAUUUAUGUUUUAUGUUAUUAUUAAGCUGUGGACUUUAGAUUAAGGUUGUGUGUUUGAUAUGAAUGUUAGUAUUAUUCCAGACUCCUGUUUUAUUAAUUAAUUUUUUAUUAUUAUUAUUAUUUAUUAUAUUAUUAUUUUGCUACCAUUUAUUUUUUUUAUUUUGAUGGUCCAUAACCUUGCACCUACAUGUCAACUAACUCUCAAUAGACUAGUAGUUGGGUAUUAGUAGACUGGGUCAGGGGUUGUAGAAUAAGGAAUUACGGUUAGUAGAAUAAGUUGACAUGUACAAAGUUACUUAUAGUCAGUAGAAUGUCUGUCGAGGACCAUCAAAAUAUAGUGUUAACAGAUUUUAGACAGUCUACUAAUUUUCUAAUAAUAAUAAUAAGAAAAUAUAAGAUAAGAGUUAUCUGACACGUAGGUGCAACUUUACUUAUUGUCAACAGAUUGUCUAAAGUGGAAAAUCUAAAUAAAGGGUUACCUUUUUUGUUA